AUGGACACCGUCGAGGCUGCAUUAUAUGUAAAAUUAGCCUAUUAAUCAAAAAUACAAUUGUCUAAUAAAUAUGAGUCAGAGGAUAACAAUUUUGUUACAAUAAUAGUUUUCUAAAGACUUAUAUCAGAAAUUAACUCAAUAUUCCUUUAUGCUUACAAUUCCAACUCUUCCACUCUUAUUAAACAACAACAAUUUGAUGUAGAUUAACUUAAAUCCAAAGAAAAUGGGUACUAUGAUGCUAUUAAGCUCUUUCUUCUUGAAAUUCUUGUUAAUAGGAUUUUCGUUUGCUUGCAUUUUAAAAAUUAUGGUCCAGAUUUCUUGGGAGAACAAAAAGAAACAAUUCAGCAUGCACUUCGAUUGUUAGAAUUACCUCAUCCCAGCUGUAAGGCUUUCAUCUGGAUAAAGAAUACAGAUUAAGCCAAUUCGUCGAAUGGUUAUUUGACGAUUAAACAUUCCAAUUAACAUGUGAUCCUUAAAUAUUAGUAGGAUAAUGAAAAACUAGAAGACUAUGAGAAAUUCACUUUAAAUUAAUUAAAAAAAGUAGAUGAGAUCCACGAGAAAUUUGCUAAGUAAUUAGAUUAGAACGAGUAAUAUGUAAAAAUGUAUAACAUAUAUUCUUUAAUAAAAGAUGUUACAUUAAUACAUGAUAUACCAAAUUCUAUCUAUUAUUUAGCUAGAUUACUUGUAAAUUUGCCUAAAUUUACCUAUUAAGAGACUGAUACCAUGAUCUUUAAUCUCCAACUAAUCUAACAAAAUUAAUACCCUAAAAAAUACACAAAAAAAAUUAAAGCAACAAAAUUAAUUAAAUAAGUGAUUUCAACACAUUUAGCUCCUUUCAAGGAUGAAAAGAAUCUGCAUUUCCCUAUGAGAGGUCUGCAUUCCUAGAAAUGUAAAGUGUGUUAAAAAUAGAAUAAUCAAAAAGUCCACAAAUCAAGUUUUAUUUGUGAAAGCUGUCAUAAAUACUAUAAAAUAAAUGUAACGCUUUGUACAAUUAAAUGCUUUAAAUAGUUUCAUCUCAACCCUGUCUAUUAUUUAGAAAGAAGUAAAUUAAAAUAGAAAGUAAAAAUUGAAGAGUGA